GGAAAUGUUCAGAAGCAUCAUCCAUGGCUGCCUAACUAGAGAGAGAAAAUAGAGAGAGAAAGUCAAGAACAUUGACUAACAGAGCCAAGAAUGGAGCAAUCUUUGUUGUUUUCUGAGGAUCUUACACCCCCUUCUUUUCAGGUAAUUGUUAUAAAUGCAAAUAUGAGCUGCAAUGGUUGUCGCCAAAGAGUUUCUCAACUUCUCUCUAAAAUCUCUGAGUUAGUCGAGUUCACCAUAGAUGUGACAAAAAAACAAGUGGUUGUAAAAGGAAAUGUGAAAUUCCAAGGCAAGAUUCACGAAGAAAAUGGAGUCCAUUCUCAAACCUACAACUCCAAAUCUCUAAAAUCACAAUCCCUCACCCAUCAAUUCUCGAACAAUUGCUUUUAAAUUGAUAC